UAGAACCUACUUUGUUUUGCAAUGAGAGUCCCCCACUAGUUCUUUGUAACUGUUGGGAUUAGAAGUCCUUUACAUUAAUGUUUAAUUUUAGCAGUGUGUUUACUUGAGUUUGUAUUAGGAAAAACAAACAAACAUGUCCUACCAAGUGUAAGAUUUAUUGUGAUACCAAAUUUUCUAUUAAAACGAAUUUACAUCUAAGUUAGAAGUUGAGUUAGUCUCAAGAAAAAAUAUUGAAUAACAGUACCAUAGGUGGUGGGGUGGAUUUUGCAACAUUAGAAAACGUUUAUUUAUUUAAACGUAGAAACUUGGGGAGUGUGAAUAAAAGAUUUGGGAAACACUGAGCUAGGGAAUCAAGAUGAGUAGGGCACAGUGUAUCCUCUGGGCUUAACAAAGAUAAACCAGUGAUGACCAGUGUGAGAACUGCUGUCAAAGAGAUAUGGACCGGGUACUCUGGGUUUACAGAGAAGAGAUGCAGAAACUUGGUAGUAGUGAGAAAUGCAUCCCAGAAUUAAGUAUUAAGGAUUGGUAAACAGGUGGUUGCAGAAUAAGGUUCAUGAAUCAGAAGCAGUUGAGUAUGAAUGGCUUCUAAGUUGCAUGGCAUGAAGUGACUGAAAAUAAAAGCAGGAACAGGAUUACAAAGGCCUUACAUGCUAUGGAUGGGAGUUUGAACCUUAUUCUGAAGAUGAAGGGAAGCUACUGGAUGAUUUUUAAGCACUGAAAUGUUACCAGAGUUUUAGAGGGUGCCAGAGUCAAAGGCAAGUCACCAGCUAGAAAGCUGCUUGUUCAGUUAGUUCAGAGGAGAAAAAAUGAAACAAUUAAGGCAGUGUCACUGGCAUGAAGAGGUGUACGUGUGCCUAUUUUAGGUUUCUUUGGUGGAUGAAAAUGACAGGGUUUUGUGGUCAGGUGAAUAGGAAUGUUGAAAAAGACUGGGGAGCCUAGAUUGAAUCCCAGGGAGCUACUCUGGUUAACUAGGUAGCAUGUAGAGCAACUGACUGCUAACACACAGAGGAAAGAGGAAAGAACUUGGUUUCAUCCGUUUGUUUUUGAGGAAAAAGAUAAGUUCAUUUUUGAACUUAAUCCGAGAGGCUUGUGAGACAUUUUAAGAUUCAAUAACAUGUUGACAGGGACUAUAGAGAUGCAACACAGCCUGGAGAAAUUAGAGAUUCAGCAUUUGGGCAUGUGUAGCCAUUGUUUGCUACAAUGAAAUAUGAGAUAUUUAAAGUGGCAUGUAGAUUUUUUAAUAGUUAAGAAUUUAAUGUGUAUGAAAAACAGAAGUUGUACAUCAAACCUAUGAUGUCAUGGAUAUCAUGUAGGCCAAGUGAGCCCAAUAAAAGAGAAAUACUGGGUGAAUAAAAAUACAUGUGUUAUGUGGAAAUGGUAAAAAUCAUGGUGAAGCUAUGCAAAUGAUGGAAGUUCAGAAAGUGCUGUUUUAAGCCAUGGGUGUGGUGGAUAAGGUCACCGAGGAGAGAGUAAGCCUGAAAAGAAAAGAGAGUUAACAUUUGGGUGGCGGGGAAUGGAGAAGAAGCGCCCAUGGAGACUGAGGAAAAGCAGCCAGAAGAAUAGGAGGAGAACCAGGAGAAGAUGGUCUUUGGAGUCCAAAUGAAGAGUUCUGAGGAGGAGGAAGUGGUCAACAGCGUCAAGAUGGUACAGCAUGGAUGAUUUUGCCCUGGGAGAUUUCACUAUAGCAGAUGAUGCUUUGUCAGAAGAUUGCCCUUAUGUGGACGGUUGUGUCUUUGCUCCUGAAUUUAUGUCCAAUGAUUAUGUUCGUGUGACUCAACUUUACUGCGAUGGGGUGGGUAUGCAGUAUAAAGAUUUUACCCAAAGUGAGAGAAACUUAGAAUUUGACAUCUGCAAUAUGUGGUGUAGUAAACCAGUUUCUGUCCUGCAAGAUUAUUGUGAUGCCAUUAAAAUAUACAUCUUCUGGCCACUUCUGUUUCAACGUCAGCAUAGUUCUAUAAUAUCACGGUUACACCCCUGUGUGGAGGCCACCAACUCUCAUGCUUCUGAGAUAAGUUUGAAGAAAUUACAACAUCUAGAAUUGAUGGAAGAUAUUGUGGAUUUGGCAAAGAAAGUCGUGAAUGAUUCAUUCUUUAUUGGGGGCUUAUUGAGGAUUGGUUAUAAAAUAGAAAAUAAAAUCUUGGCAAUGGAAGAAGCUUUGAAUUGGGUGAAAUACACAGGCGAUGUAACAAUUCUACCUAAAUUAGGAGCAGUUGACAAUUGUUGGCCUAUGUUAAGUAUUUUCUUUACUGAAUACAAGUAUCACAUAACUAAAGUUGUAACAGAAAACUGCAAUUUGCUUGAAGAAUUUAAAACUCAAAAUUGUGCGGAAUGUAUAGAGCAAGGAGAACUAAUGAAAAUGAAAGGAAAUGAAGAGUUUUCAAAAGAAAGAUUUGAUAUAGCUAUUAUCUAUUACACCAGAGCCAUUGAAUAUAGACCUGAAAAUCACCUUCUUUAUGGUAACCGAGCUCUUUGUUUUCUUCGCACUGGACAGUUUAGAAAUGCACUUGGUGAUGGAAAGAGAGCCACUAUCCUGAAGAGCAAUUGGACGAAGGGUCAUUAUCGUUAUUGUGCUGCUCUUUCUAUGCUGGGGGAAUAUGACUGGGCCCUGCAAGCAAACAUAAAAGCUCAAAAACUCUGUAAAAAUGACCCUGAGGGAAUCAAGGAUCUAAUUCAGCAGCAUGUAAAGUUACAAAAACAAAUAGAAGACCUGCAAGGUCGAACACCAACUAGAAAUCCAAUUAAAGCCUUUUAUGAAAGCAGGGCCUACAUACCUAGUUUAUCAGCACCUGCAUUUAGUACUUCACUUAACUUUGUGGAAACUGAAAAAGAUUCCAGAAAAACUAACCGCGAAAUGGCAAACGGUGGUAAUCAGAAUCUAAAGGUGGUAGAUGAAGCUUUGAAGGUAGAUGAUUGUGACUGUCAUCCUGAAUUUCUACCACCAUCAGGUCAGACUCCAAAAUACAAAGGAAAACAAAAAUCUCGAAACAAUGAAUUGGAGAAGUUCAGUUCUAGUUCACAAGGGAGUUUACCAGUAGAUUUGAAGAACAUCUUGGAAAAACAAUUCUCUAAAUCUUCCAGAGCUGCACAUCAGGAUUUUGCUAAUAUAAUGAAAAUGCUGAGAAGCUUAAUCCAGGAUGGUUACACGGCUUUGUUGGAGCAGCGUUGCCGCAGUGCUGCACAGGCCUUCACAGAAUUGCUCAAUGGUUUAGAUCCUCAAAAAAUAAAGCAAUUGAACCUGGCCAUGAUUAACUAUGUCUUAGUAGUCUACGGACUUGCUAUUUCUCUCCUUGGAAUAGGACAGCCUGAGGAAUUAUCUGAAGCUGAAAACCAGUUUAAGAGGAUGAUUGAACACUACCCCAAUGAGGGACUUGAUUGUUUGGCCUACUGUGGAAUUGGAAAAGUAUAUUUGAAAAAGAACAGAUUUCUAGAAGCUCUUAAUCAUUUUGAGAAAGCAAGAACCUUGAUUUGUCGUCUUCCUGGAGUGUUAACUUGGCCCACAAGUAAUGUGAUUAUUGAAGAGACUCAGCCGGGGAAAAUAAAGAUGCUGUUAGAGAAAUUUAUUGAAGAAUGCAGGUUCCCUCCAGUGCCAGAUGCCAUUUGUUGCUAUCAGAAGUGCCGUGGAUAUUCCAAAAUCCAGAUAUAUAUAACUGAUCCAGACUUUAAGGGUUUUAUACGAAUCAGCUGCUGCCAGUACUGUAAAAUAGAAUUUCACAUGAACUGUUGGAAAAAGUUGAAAACAACAACUUUUAAUGAUAAAAUUGACAAGGAUUUUCUACAAGGAAUUUGUCUUACCCCUGACUGUGAAGGAAUCAUUUCUAAGAUUAUCAUUUUCAGCAGUGGUGGUCAAGUUAAAUGUGAAUUUGAACACAAGGUCAUAAAAGAAAAGGUUCCUCCAAGACCUAUUCUGAAACAGAAAUGUUCUAGCCUAGAGAAGCUAAGACUGAAAGAAGACAAAAAAUUGAAGAGAAAGAUCCAAAAAAAAGAAGCAAAAAAAUUAGCACAAGAAAGAAUGGAAGAGGACCUAAGGGAAAGUAAUCCACCCAAAACUGAAGAGCAGAAAGAAACUGUAGACAGUGUUCAAAGUUGCCAGUUCCUUGACGACAGAAUUCUGCAGUGCAUAAAGCAGUACGCUGACAAGAUAAAAUCUGGUAUUCUGAACACUUCCAAGCUUCUCAAAGAAUUGCUUUCUUGGAAGGUUUUAAGCACAGAAGACUACACAACCUGUUUUUCUAGCAGAAAUUUUCUAAAUGAAGCGGUGGACUACGUCAUUCGUCACUUGAUUCAAGAAAAGAAUAGAGUAAAGACUAGGAUAUUUCUGCAUGUUUUGAGCGAACUUAAAGAAGUGGAGCCAAAAUUAGCCGCUUGGAUCCAGAAACUUAACAGCUUUGGUUUAGAUGCCACAGGACCUUUUUUUUCUCGUUAUGGAGCCUCUCUUAAGGAGCUUGAUUUUAGCAUCAUGACUUUUCUCUGGAAUGAGAAAUAUGGUCAUAAACUAGCCUCUAUAGAAGGAAAGCAACUUGAUUAUUUUUGUGAGCCAACAUCAGUGAAGGAAGCACGGUGUUUAAUAUGGCUGCUAGAAGAGCAUAGAGACAAGUUCCCAGCGCUACACAAUGCUCUAGAUGAGUUCUUUGACAUAAUGGACAGCCGCUGUACUGUAUUAAGGAAACAAGACAGUGGCGAUGUGCCGUUUAAUUCCGCCAAGAUAAAAAAUAAAGGCAAGAAAAAGAAGCCAAAAGAUUCAAAGCCUAUGUUGGUGGGGUCUGGGACAGCUUCUGUAACACCAAAUAAUGAGACUAUCACUUCGGGUGAAGAACAUAACAGACGCAAUUCAAAUUCUGCAGGGCCAUUUGUGGUACCUGACCACCUUCGGCAAGAUGUAGAAGAAUUUGAAGCUAUCUAUGAGCAGCACAGUAGUGAAUAUGUUGUCCGUAAUAAAAAGCUGUGGGACAUUAACCCAAAACAAAAAUGUUCAACUCUGUAUGAUUAUUUCUCUCAGUUGUUGGAGGAGCAUGGUCCCUUGGACAUGAGUAAUAAAAUGUUCUCUGAAGAAUAUGAAUUCUUCCCAGAAGAAACUAGACAGAUACUAGAAAAAGCUGGAGGUUUGAAAUCUUUCCUCCUGGGAUGUCCUCGUUUUGUUGUGAUUGACAACUGUAUUGCUUUGAAGAAAGUUGCUUUACGGCUCAAGAAAAAGAGAAAGAAGAAAAACAUUAAGACAAAAGUGGAAGAAAUUUCAAAAACAGGGGAGUAUUUACGAGUUAAACUACCACUGAAUCCAACUGCUAGGGAAUUUAAACCAGAUGUAAAGUCCAAACCAAUGUCUGAUUUAUCUUCAGCAACAGCUUCUGAGAAUGUGAAGCCCAAACCUGUAGCUGCUAAUUCUCCCAAAUCAACCUGUGAAGUUACGAAGCCAAGACCAGUGUCUGAUAAUUCUAGAUCAGUUUCUGAAGAUGAGAAGCCCAAAGAAGUCUCUUCUGAUUCUGCCCAACCUGUAUCUGAGGAUGCAAGUCACAAGCGAGUAUCCUCUAAUUCUCCCAAACCAGCUUCUGAGGAUGUGAAACCAGCCUACUGGACUCAGCCCCAUUUGGUCACAGGAUACUGUACAUACCUCCCCUUUCGGGGAUUUGACAUUACCCAGACACCACCAACAUACAUAAAUGUGUUACCGACUUUGCCCCAGUACACUAACAUUUACACACCUCUGCCCAAUGUUUCUUCUGAAUAUCAGCUGCAAAGAUCAGUGCCAGUGGUGCCGUCUUUUAUAGCCAGUGAAAGACUAGAUGAAAGUGCUACUGUGUACUUUGAGGGUCAUCAUUUGAAUGCUGAGAAUGCCCCUGGGAACCAGAUUGUCCCUAAAACACAGAUCCUUCAGAACUCUAUGGAAGUGUCAGUAAAGACAGAGUGCAGCACAGAUGGUGCUGAUACAGCCCUUAGUGAGUCUAACAGAUACGAUGGUCACUGUGGAAAUUCUGCCAACAAGUGGGAAGUAAAUCCAGAAAAAACCGAUGAAGUAACAAAUACUCCACAUACACAAAUGGUUGCCAUACAGGUGUCUUGGAAUAUAACACAUCAAGAAGUCAAUACUGAGCCAUAUGAUCCUUUUGAGGCACAACAGGGAGAUAUUUCACAGAUUGAGAAGGAGUUCCAGGUUUUACAAGAGCAGCUUAACGAGGCAUGUGAAAAUUAUGAGCAGAGAAAACUCAAGGGCUCAGAAGAGACCAGGGAUCUGGAAGAAAAAUUGAAAAGGAACUUAGAAGAAAACAAGAUCUCAAAGACAGAAUUAGAUUGGUUCCUUGAAGAUUUGGAAAAGGAAAUCAAGAAAUGGCAACAGGAGAAAAAAGAAAUCCAAGAAAGUCUGAAAGCGCUAACAAAGAAAAUGAGAAAGGUUUUAAAUGCCAACGAGAUAUAUGCCCAGAAAAAUGGUGGAGAGGAAAAGGAACAUGAAUUACUUCUGGAUCAGUCCCUUGAAAUCAGUAAUACGUUUACAAAUGAGAAAAUGAAAUUAGAAGAAUGUAUAAAGAAAGGGAAGGAGAAUUAUGAAGAGAGUCUUCAAAGAGCUGUGGCUGCAGAGGUAUCUGUGCUUGAAAACUGGAAGGACAUUGAAGUGUACAAAUUACAGAUCAUGGAAUCACAAGCAGAAGGGUAUCUUAAGAACCUGAGGCUACUGAGCAGUGAUUCUGCAACUUACCCUGAUAUGGAAUCUGAUGUACAUUCAUGGGAAUCAUUUCUUUCUAAGGUUAAAAAAGAAAUUGAAAUAGCAAAGUCUCAGUAUGAAGAACAAAUUCAAGCAAUUAAAAAUGGCUCUCGACUCAGUGAACUUUCUAAAGUGCAAGUUCCUGAGCUUUCAUUUCCUGUCUGUAGCACAAUUCUUCCUACAUCACUUCCUGAGUCUUCAGGCCAUGAAGAUCACAGAGCCUCCAUUUCUACAAGUCAUGAGGCUGGAAACCAAACAGCAGUUCCUAAGGACUCAAGUCUGGUCUCUGCCAGUGAUGGCCCAGUGGGGGCUUCCUCUCCACCAUUGACAGGAUCGCUCUCCUGUCAGCCCGAAGUCACCCAGCUGCCAGAGUGUAAGAGCACAGGCCAGGAAACUCCGCCAAAACAAAGCCUUGUGGCUGAUCAGAAACUACCUGUUCUUCCAGGACGUGCUACCCGCUCAAGCCAGUCUCCAAAAAAGCCGUUCAACAGUAUUAUUGAGCACCUGUCAGUGGUAUUCCCAUGUUACAACAGCACUGAGCUUGCUGGUUUUAUUAAAAAAGUGCGAAACAAGAACAAAAACUCGCUCUCAGGAUUGAGUAUUGAUGAAAUUGUCCAAAGAGUGACAGAACACAUUCUAGAUGAACAGAAAAAGAAAAAGCCAAAUUCAAAUUCAGCAAAGGACAAGAGGUUGUCUGAGCCCAGCUCCACUGCUUCUGUGAACAGGGCCUCCCAGGGUCCACCCUCCGUGACUGCUGGACCGUCGCCCAAAACCAAGGGACAAAAGAUAGAAGAUGCCUCUGCAUCGGGUGCAGCUUCCUGUGAACUGUGCCAUGAGAUAUUCAAAUCCAAAAACGUGCGUGUACUAAAAUGUGGGCACAAGUUUCACAAAGGGUGCUUUAAGCAGUGGCUGAAGGGGCAGAGCACUUGCCCGGCCUGCCUCGAAUAGGAUCUCCUGUAAGAAGAGUAGUGGCACCUUCUGGAAGAGGCCAGCCUGCUUUUCUAGGUAGUCACAGGUUCACUGAAGAGUAAUUUACUGGUUUGUUGGAUUGGAAGAAUAACAAUUAUAUUACUUCUGGUAUAAAAGGCAAACAUUUGAAGAUUCUUUGCACUGUGUGUCACAGCGCUAAUAAAUGGAGAUCUUUAAUACAGUUGAUAGUAAUUUCCCUGCUCUUAUUAAACACUUUUGAUAAUAGCAAAUAGUGGCUAAUAAAAUUAUGUGUAACCACAUCCCUAAAUUGUUGAGGCUGCUUACAGAGAUGCUUUCUGAAAUGGAAGGCUUCUUUUGAAAGUAUUGUGAGCACCUCAAAGCAGUACUUCAAUUGUAAGUAUUCUGAUCUCUUACAGUGCCCCAGGUUAAAAUUUUUACAAGUCAGUAUUCCUUAAAAUAUGCCUACAUUUUUCUUCAAAGAUUCUGCAUUUAAAUGGGUUUAAGCAAACACAUUUUAAUAAUCUGUACUAAAGGGUAACAUACUGACUGAUGUAAACCAAAAGAUUCAAAUCUCCUUUUUAGCAAAUACCAUGUGAUUUUUGCUUUUUCAUUUCAUUGUUUUAUUCCCCCCAAUAGAUUUAUAGAGAGCUUAUUUUUUAUCACCUAAAGAUAUUAUUUGAUUUUUGAAAAUCAAUUACAAAUACUUUAUUAGUGUCAGCCAAGACCUUUUUUUGCCUUGAAAACUGAGGCUACAUAUUCAUCACCCGAAUCCUACAUUUGGAAUUUUUUCUUUGAAUAUCAUACUCUUAUUAGGAGCAUUUGUCCUCUUCAUGAGAGAUGACUAAUGUUGGGGUGUCUCUAACACAUAGUGGGCACCGUAGGGAAACAUUCACCAUCAUUCCCCUCCCUAUCCUGACACCAGGAAGAGGCACUUGUGUAAUUAGACAAUCUUGAGGUGUCCUUGUUUCACUGGUUCCGUGUUUGACAUUUGUGUGAAGUAAUGCAUGCACUCUUGUACUGUGGUGUGAGAACAAAACUUUAACUGCAUUAGAAUCUGUUAAAAUAUUAGAUAUCUUUAGUGACUUGUAGACCGUGGCAAAUAUAGAAACAUGAAUUCUGGACACAUUCCAUAGUCUCUCAGACAUCAAAAAAUGUUUUUCAUCGUGUUCUUUGUUCCCCUGGAAGUUCACAGUCCCAAGUUCGUGAUGAGUUAAUUUGGUUGCCUUCCUCAGCCUUGGUUCCUUGUGAAUUUUGAUGUCUUAGUGACUUAGUCCAUAGGAUGCUCACUCUGUAUUUUGAAGCAGAUUCUCCUUGCAGGUCCCUGAAACAUUGUCUACUGUUCAUAAUAACUGAGAACUGUAGGUAGGAAGAUAUGUAGGGACCAGCUUGUAGCAGCAGGUACAAAGGAAAAGAGCAGCUGGAGAGUGAGAAAAUGUGUUUUGUGCAUCAAAUACUUGUGAACAUGCCUUACACAUGUCCUGGUGUAAGUUUCAAAAUAAAGAGCAUUCUAAAAUA